AUGGACUCGUACCCAGAAACAAAACAAACUACAGAAGGUGUGUCGCAACCGUCGCAGUAUGAACCGCAACCCGCAAUGAGUGUACCCCAAGAGCAAUCACAUGUUGUUGUGACUAGUCGUCAAGGACGUUGGAAAGCUGACCUAUUCGACUGCUUCGCUGUCCCCGGACUCUGCAUCAAAACCUGCUGUUUGCCUUGUGUCACAUACGCCGAAAUCAAAGAGAAAAUGAGCAACAACUUGGGUUUUCGCAUAAAUGCUUGGUGCCACUUUUGUGCAUUGUGCGCAGGCUUUGCCUGUUGUCUUGAGACUAUGACACGCGCUGAAAUUCGUCAGCAACAAGGAAUCAAGGGUGAUUUUACCGAAGACGUUUGUACACAUUGUUGGUGUGGAUGUUGUGCUUUGGUCCAGGAACACCGUCAAUUCUAUGAUGACGAAUAA